UUCAUCACCUUGGAAUACUCCAGUGACAGGAGGUGCCUGCAGAACCCGCCUCCAGCCCCCAGCAGCAAAUAAAUAGAAGGCUCCCAGCCCAGAAGCCAGGAGAAGUUUCUAGGCGCUCGUCCCCAAAGGUUAUUAAGCUUCUGGCUCCUCUGUCUGCCGACCUCCACAUCUCUGGCUGGGAGCCUGGGCGUCCAGUGGCUUGCUGAUCAUUGCUGAAGCAGCUUGAAGAGCAGUGGGGUCCUCUGGGUGCUGUUGAACUCACUGGGGGUCAUUUUUAGGGGGUCCCCAGCCCCCCAACGUGGCGUGAACUGCCUUUGUGUGACGUGGAUGUUUCUGCCAGAAGAGCAGCAUUUCCUCAUCUGGAACACUCGGCUCUGAAAGCCAUCUUUACCUGUGACCUUGGGCAGGCAGCGAGCCUCGAUUUCCCCUCUGAGCUCAGCAGUCAUCAUGGCUGACGGUCAGAUCCCUUUCUCCUGCCACUACCCGAGCCGACUGCGCCGAGACCCCUUCCGGGACUCGCCCCUAUCCUCCCGCCUCCUGGACGAUGGCUUUGGCGUGGACCCCUUCCCCGAUGACCUCACAGCCCCCUGGCCCGACUGGGCUCUGCCACGGCUCUCCUCCGCCUGGCCCGGGACCCUGAGGUCAGGAAUGGUGCCUCGGGGGCCCACCGCCACCGCGAGAUUCGGGGUGCCUGCAGAGGGCAGGAGCCCCCCACCCUUCCCCGGGGAGCCAUGGAAAGUGUGCGUCAAUGUGCACAGCUUCAAGCCCGAGGAGCUGAUGGUGAAGACCAAGGAUGGCUACGUGGAGGUGUCUGGCAAACAUGAAGAGAAGCAGCACGAAGGCGGCAUUGUUUCCAAGAAUUUCACGAAGAAAAUCCAGCUUCCUGCUGAAGUGGACCCUGUGACCGUGUUUGCCUCGCUGUCUCCUGAGGGCCUGCUGAUCAUCGAGGCCCCUCAGGUCCCCCCAUACGCGCCCUUUGGAGAGAACAGUUUCAACAACCAGCUUCCUCAAGACAGCCCUGAGGUCCCCUGCUCCUAAGACUCCAGCCUCUUCCUCCCCCUCACCCCAGGGCUUCUCUGACUCCAGAUGACAUCACUCUAGCGUCUCUCAGAUUUCAGGGGGGAGAAUGAAUGGCCACAGUCCCUGCCUAGUGUAGUAAUCGAGUUCUCCAUCAGAGGGUGCAAUUGGAAGGCCAUGCUUGGUUGCUGUUAGGUCAAAGUAACUGGGAGUUUUGGUUGGUUUUUGUUUUGUCUUUUUAAUUUUAUUAUUAUUGUUUCGUUUUGUGCUCCCCCCUCCUUUCUUUACCUUUUCUAUCAGGACGAAGAUACUGCAGUGUCUGUAGUUGCAAAACUAAACAGAUGGGGACUUGACAUUUUACAUUGCACCUUGCUCGGCAUCUCGUGUACAGGGAUUCUCCCCCUCCCCUCCUCUCUAGGGGCCUCCCCAUCAUGCAAUUCGUGCACCAGGCUCUCAUUCCCAUGCAGUUUGGUUAAUGGAGCCCAUUGGCUGACUUCACAGUGUUUAUUAGAGCCCUUGGCCUACAAAGGGCUCUAAAUAUUUCUAUCUCCAUGCAGGAACCAUCCCGCAACCAUGUAAAAGCAAACAGUGCCUUCCCUCCUCUUCCCUGAUGUCUAGAGCAUGCUUCUUCCCCUGCCCCAAUGACUCUGGGAGCCCCUCAGUUGAUAGUUAAUUCUCUGGCUACGGUCCCCACUUUCUUCUGUCCCCUAUGUCCAAGUCAGGAUUUCUUUCUUUCUUUCUUUCUUUUUUUUUUUUUUUUUUUUUAAGCAGAGAGAGCUGUCUCCAUACAGCUCUGCCAGGAACCAAUCAAAGGCCAGAUAAGCUGUUAGCCAGGCUAGCGAUAUUGUAAGGGUAGGAAGUGGAUGUGUGUGUGUGUGUGUGUGUGUGUGUGUGUGUAUGUCAUUGUUGUUUGACUUAUGCUGUUGUUUAGGACAAAAGAACAAUAAAUAAGAACCAUGAUCACAAAACAAUAAAGGAGUUCGUGUUCUUAGCA